CUUCGCUGAACAAUCUACCCAUUCUUGUCAGCCUUGGGAGGAGGAACCUCGGGUGCUUGCUCUUAUGGGAUAUGAGAUUUUCAUCUACAACAGCAAAAAGUGCUCUUGUACAUGCCAUAGUUAAUUACUGUCUAUCUUUUAUUAUCCCACCAGUCGUGCUCUUUUUGAUCAUCUAUUCUUGGGGCAUACGCUAAUCGCUUGCCGCUAUUGUCGAUGGGAUGGCAAAGAGCUGAACAAACACCUUGUAUUUUUUUUAUUGGUCGCUUUCUUCGCGUGUAUGCAUUUAUCAUGCAUAGCUCAUGCAUUACACGCCUGUCUACGGAGGAAAGAUGGUUAUUCAGACCCUUGAGCGCUCUAUGGGAUGAGCCGUUCUUGCCUUAAAAGAUACACGAAAAUAGAUCAAGGGUCUUUUUUCACACAGUACUCGGGUAUUCUUCACGCCACUAACAUCCGCAAUUUGGUUUCCGUUUGCCCAUCUGGUCUUACGCAGCCAGCGAUAGACACCCAACCCUUAGAGAAUGAUGGAGCGUCUCGUUCAGGAUCCGGCGUUCUUGGACCCAGUGCACUUCCGUCCAGUGCUCUGCCGGCACAAAACAUCACGAAGCCUCGCCGACACAAAGUUGUUGUUCCUUCCGCACCAUCGAUGAAUGACCCUGCGUUUCCCGUUCAGAUUCAGGAAGAGCUGCUCAACCAAGUUCGCUACUGGACUUCUCAGGCGGAAAUGAAGGAGAAGCUGAAUCAGGAAUAUGACACCAAGAUCACGGAGAUGGAGCGUAUCAUCGAUGCUCUCAACAAGCAGAGACGCAUGCGUGAAGAGAGCGAUGAACGCCAAAAAGAGGAUCAAUGGAACCUGGAGUUGAUGAACCAAGAACUUCGGUCUCAGAACACGGAGUUGCAGCAACAACUCUCAAGGGCGGUACAUGAGAACUCAAAAAUCCAGAAGGCGCUGUCUGCGGCAUCAGAGCAGCUGGAGCAAUUUAAGGACAAGGAGGAACGGACUGCUGGCCAGCUCGAGCUCACAAAGUCCAGACAUGAACAGGAUAUGAUGACGAUGCGAAAGCACACGGCAGGAAUUCAGCGGGAAAAGUCCGACCUAAUGAAAAAACUGGAGGAGCUUAACGCGACCGUGGCGCAACAGCAACAGAAACUCGCCAAGAAGGCCACCAUGGAUGCCCUCGCGCUUGCACAAGAGAAAGAAAAAGCGGAGCAGGAGCUAGAGAGUCCUGUCGAGGCACCCAUUUUGAUCCAAGCACCGCCGCGCUUGCCCGCUAACGACGAAAUCGUUUCCAACCUCGCAGCCCCCGUUGUGGUAGAGACAAAGACAACAUCGCUCGCUCGCGAAACUUCUUUUGCGCAUCAACAGUCCAUCAUCAGCGAGCUUCAGUCCAAGUUGAGUCAGGAGAUUACUGCAAAGGAGCAGUUGGUCGCAGCCAAGGAGGAGUUGCUCAAUGAAAAGGAGGAGCUCGUCAAGAUGUUGGCAGACCGUGAGGAGACUAUCGAGACCCUCAGACUGGAGAGCACUAUGGGACUUGAACCUAUUGUUCAUCAUGCCGCGGAUAUGGUAGGACAAGUCUCAGGAGAUCUGCAGGAGCCUAUCCACGACAGCAUCAUCGGCCAGGACGAAACGCGAGGUCUUCCUGUGUUGAGACCCUCGUCUCCAAUCCACGCUGGCGGCCUCUUUGCUGAGCUGGCCCAAGCGAAAUCGACCGAAGAGCCCAUCAAGCCAACUGUCGAGUACAAGGAUCAGGAAGCGAUGACAGAACCGAUCGAAAGCUGGAUUCAUACCAUCCCAGGAUUUGUACCUGCGCCUACACCUGCACCUGCUGCUCAAGAGCAGACCAAGGUCGGGGCCGAGAUCAAGGUCGGGACCGAGACCAAGGUCGAAACGGAGACCACUUCCAUCGCCACCAAGGUCGAAACGGAGACUACUUCCAUCACCACCAAGAUCGAGACCGAGACCAAUUCCAUCGCCACAAACACGGAUGUUAAAUCUUUGGCUGACGGUACAACAUCAACAGACGACUUGCCUGCUCCAUCUACUGCUUCCACUGCUGUGGAUGCUGUUCAGCCGAAAACCGAAGCUUCGUCUGCACCCAAGCAACUAGCCAAGACAAUGGUCGAUAACACGACAUCAACGGACGAUCUACCUUCGCCCAGCGUUCUUCGGGCCGACACCUUGACGGAGCUGGUGAGUACCAAGACCUUGGUUGAUAGUGCGACGUCAACGGACGACUUGCCUGUCACCAAGGCAUCUACUUCGGAGUCGAGCAUCAAGGCUACAGUGACAUCUGCAAUUCGAAAUGGACUUCCUGCCAAUAUCAUCACAAGAAGACUCGACGUGGAGACCAAGUCUAUCAACUCCCUGGACUCCAACAACGUCACUACCCCCACCGUUAAUAGUCUCGAAAUCGCCUCUAUUCGCCUCCCCGAGAUACUGGAUCAAGUUCAUGAGAUUGCUCAAGCCAAGCCUGUGGAGCCAGCAUUCGUUGAGCCCUAUGCUGCGGAGGAGUCUUUGGCGCCUGAGGAGGCCAAGGUCGUGAACAAUCUUGAGCUCGAAAUAACCGAACCUGUGCCUCGAUUCAUGCUCUCGGACAUCCCACUGGAUGAUGAGCGUCGCCACACCUGCGACAUGAGUCAGGGUAUGACUGACUCCUCAUCCCAGGCGGUGCCCCCAGUACCCGCGAUCCCCAAGGAUAUUGCUCGGUCAAGACCCAGCACUGUUGUCAAGAGUACAGAGAUACAGGAGUUCAGAGUGUCCUUCGGCUCGGCAUUUGGUGAUGCUGGUGGAUCUGCCACAGAUACCGGACGCAUUGAACCAAUGUAUUCUUCAGCCAGAGACGACGACGAGAUGGUGAGCGAUCGCCAGCAAUACCACAGCAACGACCAAAUUGAAGGCGAAGGCGAGCAGCAAGCCAAGCUGUUGUCUCCUGGACGACCCGCCACAGGACCGCCAUCCACUCUAUUGGCCCGCGCAGCUGCACGAGCAAGCAUGGUUCCUGAGCUCGACACUGAAUCUUUCGGCAACAAUGCCGCUUCUAACGGAACAAAUUACAGUAACGAAGAAAUCUCUUAUUCCACCAGCAUCGCUCAUCCGGCAUCACCACCAUUGACAUUCCCUCCACGGGCAGCGUCUAUCCGGUCGGUUUCUAUGCGUUCAGAGAAGCGCUUUGCCAGUUCUUCCCCACCACCACCUCACCCACGUCCUCCCAUGUCUACUGGAGCUGCAGUGAUCUCGGGAACGACACGAACCGCUUAUACCUUCCAAAACAGCUCCAGUCAAGUACAUGUCCCUCAGAGCCAACAGCUCAGCCAGCAAUCGCAGUAUCAACAUAUAACGGAUUCAUCCGGCGCCAGCAUCGGCCGCUCCAGAUACCGCCCAUCGCCAAGUGGAUCCGUUUCUAGCAUGUCAACGGAUUAUGGUGCACCCCAUCUUGAUCGCCGUCUGUCUGUGAGCUCAAACUACGAUGGCGCAUCCACCCCAACGGAUCCUACUAUGAUCCAGCUCAUUACGCAGACCAUGAUUGGAGACUACCUCUGGAAGUAUACCCGUCGGCCAAUGGCGAGCGUGAUCAGCGAGAAGAGACAUCGUAGAUACUUUUGGGUCCACCCUUAUACCAAGACCAUGUACUGGAGUCUUAAUAAUCCAGCUGCAGAUGGAUCUCGCGAGCAGCGCGCCAAGAGUGCUUUGAUCGUCAAUGUAUACCAGGUUACGGAUGAGAACCCAUCAGGCAACUCGGAUUUGCCCAAUGUCAGCUUGCUCGUCCAGACAUCAAGCCGCAACCUGAAAUUGACUGCGCCCACUCGUGAGAAGCACGACCACUGGUUUAAGUCCUUGGCAUAUCUUUUGUCCCGUCCCACGACACCCGGUGCCGACAUUGCUACAGACAACCAAACGUGGUCAGAAGUCCAGGCUGCUCGUGGUGUGAACUCGGACACGUUGCUUACGAUCAAGAACGAGAAGUCGGUUCGCAAGAAGAGCUCGUUCAACCGCCUCCAGAACAUGUUUGGUCGAUCCAAAGAUGUUUCUCCCUCGGGAUCCCCGAGGUCUGCCAAUGCCGUCACAGUCCCUGAAUCUAGUCUGAACUCCGGGGUGUCUUCAUUCUCCGCCAACCAUAAUGGUUCUUUUGGAGGAGUCAAUACGAGUGAUGGAGCCAACGCUGCCGAUAGCAUGACGAUACUCGACAAUGGUGGCGAGACAGGGAGCGUUGUGGACAGCGUGGUCGGGUACCCGAGUCAUAUGGUGAAUGCGCAGAAUGCAGUCGGGGGCUAUGGCACCAUGAACGGCGGACGGAUUACGUCGCACGCGGAUGAAGUGGACAGGGAUGAGGACGAUGACGAGGAUGUGGAGCUACCGGAACAUGUCCGUCAGUGCUGUGAUGGAAAGCAUGACAUUGGAGCGCUGCACCACCACUAGUAUGCAUAUUACGAACGACCUAGGCGAGAUGGUAGCCCAGAAACCAUAAAGCUAACAUAAUAAAAACGAUAAAGCUUUUCCACCAGCAUCCAUAUCCACGGGCCCCAAGCUUAGAAUCGCAGCAGUCGAGUGACAUUCACAAUCUGAGACCGAAAAAAAAAAAAAAAAAAAAAAA